UAACAUUAUGAAUAAUGCUUGGUUAGGUAUCUAAAUUCUAACGUUGGUUAGUUCCUUGGGCGUCAGACUAUUUGUGAUUAGAAAUGCAGUCUGUAACUAUGUUAGACAUUGUCGGAAUUUUUAGCUACAUGUUUAUUUGAAUAUUCCUUUUUAACUCAGGUUAAAAGUCAAGUUAUUGAGAUGGCUGACACAAGUGAUGAUAAGCCCCCAGCUCCCCCAGUUAGGUUAACCAGUGCAAGAGACAUAGCCUUGCCAGUUGACAUGAAACCACUCCCUAGAGAACCAGAUAGUGAAGAAAAGAAGAAGGGAAAAUUGAAGACUUUAAAGAAUGCUAAGAAAGACAAAAAAGACAGUGACAAGCCAGAAAUUUCUCAUCCAACAAAUUUUGAGCAUACAUUACAUGUUGGUUAUGAUGAGAAAAAAGGAGAAUUUACGGGUAUGCCAGAAUCCUGGACCCGGAUGCUUCUAAAAGCCAAUAUUAGUAAGACCGAGCAAAAGGAUAACCCACAGGCUGUUUUGGAUGCACUAAACUUUAUUUCUACCAAGGAUAAAGAGGAAUCCAAGUACAUGACACUUGGUAUAGUAAAUGACACAGAAGCACCAACCAGUCAUGAAGGAAAUGAAGUUGCAGAUGUUGAAGUUACUUCUGGUGCUACAAUUGAGCAUAAGCCAAUACAGCCAUCCACCCCUGAAGACGAAGAAACUGAGCCCCCACCACCAGUUGCUGCACGGCCAGAUAAAACAAAAUCAGUUUAUACAAAACCUAUUGAAAAAGAGGAAGUAAAGAAUGGUUCACCCCUUGGACUUGAUGGGAAGGAUAUCACAAAUAAUAACAAUUUGUCAACCAAGUCAAAGAAAAAGAAGAUGACAGAUGAAGAAAUUAUGGAGAAGUUAAGAAGUAUUGUUUCUGUUGGAGAUCCCAAUAAAAAAUAUACCAAGAUAGAAAAAAUUGGCCAAGGUGCUUCAGGAACUGUGUAUACAGCUAUAGAAACAGGAACUGGGUUGGAAGUUGCUAUUAAGCAAAUGAAUCUAACCCAGCAACCUAAAAAAGAACUUAUCAUCAAUGAACUUUUAGUAAUGCGAGAAAACAAACAUCUAAACAUAGUGAACUACUUGGAUAGUUAUCUUGUAGGUGAUGAACUCUGGGUAGUAAUGGAAUAUUUAGCAGGUGGGUCUUUGACUGAUGUUGUCACUGAAACCUGUAUGGAUGAAGGUCAAAUAUCAGCAGUUUGUAGAGAAGUUCUUCAGGGAUUAGAGUUUCUUCAUCUUAACCAUGUGAUUCAUAGGGAUAUUAAAAGUGACAACAUUUUACUUGGAAUGGAUGGUAACGUAAAACUAACUGACUUUGGAUUCUGUGCUCAAAUCACUCCAGAACAAAGUAAACGAACAACAAUGGUUGGCACUCCUUACUGGAUGGCUCCAGAAGUAGUAACAAGAAAACAAUAUGGACCCAAGGUUGACAUCUGGUCACUUGGGAUUAUGGCUAUUGAAAUGAUUGAAGGUGAACCACCUUAUCUUAAUGAAAAUCCUCUCAGGGCAUUGUAUCUAAUAGCAACAAAUGGGAAGCCAGACAUUAAAGAAAAAGAUAAUCUGUCUCCAGUCUUCCAAGAUUUCCUGGACAAGUGUUUAGAAGUGGAUGUAGAUAAACGAUACACAGCCUCUGAACUCUUAAAGCAUCCUUUCUUGAAGCUAGCUAGACCUCUGACAACUUUACAACCUCUUAUAGUGACAGCCAAAGAUGCAGUUAAAAGUCAUUAAUAGCUCAAAACCAAAUAUCCACAUACACAUGGUGAAAUGACUUGCAAGAAGCAGUUUAUGAAAGCCAGCAUCAGUCUAGGAAAAGAAGCUUAACAGACUGUGUUUGCCAGAUUUCCACAAGAGUACUAGAAUGUUGGGUACACAAUAAGCCAACAAAUGGAAAUAUAUAUUUCAUGUUUUGUUAAAGAAUUAUACCACCAACAAAGUGAAACUGCAUUAACAAAUAUUUUCUAUUUUGCUGAAGAUUUGUAACAUCUAUGAAGUGCAAGGGCACAAACAGUUUUUUUCCCAUUUUGCUUAUAAAGUGUACCGUACACAAAUUUCAACAGUGUGGUAAUAAUUUACAACCUAGAAGAAUUUUUUUGUAGCACAAGUGCUGGCAUUUUACACGUGUGUUGACAUUAAACAUGUUAGACACUGAAUAACACUAAAAUGUGCAGGUUAUGGUGCUCUAUACUGCCAUAAGAACUUGGAGUAUUAAGUAAUUUGAUUCUGUUUUAAGCUUUUGUGCUUGAUACCUUGAUUUUGCUUGAUUGUGUUGCAGAAAACAUCAACAAAGUUAAAGACUACAUAAUAAAUCUGAAAGAUGGUAUUAUCAUAGUACUUCUUUUAACAUGCUAAUGAGAACCUUUUUUUUUGUGGUGUAACUUAUAAAAGGAAAGUAGAAGGUAGCUAAAACGUAGUCCUAAAGCAGCAUCGUUAAGUAUACUAUUUUAUUUUAGUAUUAAGUUUAUUGGAUAAAUGUCUCAUUAAAUAAAUGUAUACUUGUAUCCGUUAAAAGAUUGAGUUUUUUCAUUAUAAAAGCACUAUUAACAUUGGGUCAGUAAUAUACAUGUAUGACUUGAUUACUGGCAAAUGCUGGUGGUCUUUAGAAUUUUAUUUUAUUAUUGUGAACACUAAAUUGUUUAUGUGGUCAAUAAUAAUUUCACAAGCAUUGACACAUGUCAAUCAGUGUUGUAUCAAAACAAAAUAAUUACUUAAUAGCAUGUUAUUAUUACUUGAGAAAAAGUUGGUGCUGUUAUAGGAGCAGUUUUUUUUUUCAGUAUAGUGUGUAUUACCUUUACAGAGUAUAAUGUAAGGUAAACAUUUAUCAGUAGUUUGACAACUUCAAGAAGUGGCAUAAAUAGACGAAUAGUUUAAGGCUCUAGUUACAGAAGUUGAGAGGGACACUUAAAAAUCUUUAAUUAAAUAGCUAAAGCUUUUACACCAAUUUAAAAAAUUGGUACCAUGUUGUCAAUUUUUUUGUUGGUAGAUGCAUUUUUUGAGUGUAAUAUGUGAAUAAUGUAGGCUUUACUUCAAGAACAUAAAGUUUGGGGAGAUACUUAAUGUAUUAUGUUUUAUAUACUUAAACAGAAAGUAGAUAAGAUCAGAAAUAUAGAUAGUAAGCAGCGCAACAGAUUAUACUAUUACAGGAGUUCACCAUAAGGAAACUAUGUAAUCUUGUGGUGAUGCAAGAAACAAAAUUCAUAGGAAUUGGUUAUAAACUAUGUACCUUAAUUUUCAUUGAAAAAUAUGUGAUAUUAAUGUUAACUAUGCAUCUUUAUAAAAUCCACUUUGUUUGAUAUGUACUUUUUUUUUCGUCAUUGUGUCUUGUUUGUUUGCUAUUUAUUAAAGAAUAGUUUAAGGAAAGAUAUGCAUAUCUGCACCUCCCAUUGAAGGUUUACAGUAUAGAAUCAUUCAUGAACUUUAUUAUUUAUUCCACUCUAUACAAUUCUAGUGUCAUAUAAAAAAAAAAUAUUAAAAAACUGGCACAGAACAAGCAUACUGUGAUCUCGUAUUUUCUAGUCGUGGAGAUGUUGGCAUGAGUGUUUUCUGGUAUUUUCGUGUAUUUCCGUUUUCAAGUUCCAAUCAUUCUAUAUGUGAUUUUUGCUGAGAAUGAGCAUACGUUUUUUUAUUUUUUAUGUAUUUACCUUGUAAUGGCUUUGAACUAAUUUUUAAUCAACUGUAAAUGAGUAUAUUUUGUAAUCUCUUUAUAUAUUGACUAAUUUUUUUAAUGAAAUAUUUGAGUUAGGAGUUUGUGUCUGGAUCCAAUUUAGGUGUUAACCUAAAAAGCCUUAUUUAUCUGAAACUGUAUCUGAGGAAUCUGAUCAUAGUAUACUGUAGCUUAGAAGGUGUCAAAGUAUUUUGAAACAUGAACUGUGAAAAUUGUGGAAAGGAACAUUGGCACUAUUAAUUUAUGUUUUAAUCCCCCAAAAAUUAAUUUUACUGCUUCCAUAAGAGAUCGUGUAGUGGCUACUGACUAUUAAUUCAUUAUAUGUGAUAUCAUAUAAAAGCAAAUAGUGUACUUUUAAAAAUACUUCUUUAAAUAAAUUUAAGUAAAUGACAUAUUUUGUAAAUAUGAUUUAUAUCUGCUGUGUCUAACAAUAUAAAAAAAUAUCCCAUUUACAAAUAAGUAUGAAACUUAUGUUUAACUCUAGAAUUACUAAUAAGGUCAACAUAAACAUAUUUAUGCACCAAAUUGCUUAUGAGUCCAUGACGUUAUUAGUAACAAGGUCCCUAAUAACAAGAGUCGCACAAAAAAAUGUAAACGGAAGUACUGAAGAACUGGCUAAAAAUAUUGGAUGAAAUCAUUCAUUUUUUAUACAUAAUACAUAGAGGAUCUAAGCACUAAUUAGGGGGCUGAACUACAUGCUGAUUCCGUGCAGGCAAAAAAAUUAAAAUUACUCAAUAUAAUAAAAUAUGCAGAUGUUGUCAGUAGUGAAAGGUAUAAAAAGUCAGUAAUUUGAAAGUGUUGAUCUCAUAAUUUCUUUUAACUUUGUUCUUUACCAUGAAGUUGCAUCUUGUUCUGUACAUCCUUCUCAUAAAGUACAUUUUAUACCAUGUCUGUUAUUAAACGUAUUUUAGUUAUAGUUUUAAAAUAAGGUCUCUCGUGUCACCUAAUUCACUGUAUAAUUUCUAGUAGUGCCUAUUUCUGUAAUGGUUUGAUAAGAAUGGAACACGUUUGGUCCGCUUUAAUUGGAAGAUUUUGUAAAUGAGGUGCCUCUAUUCAUGUUGCAAUUUUUAGUAAUAAUUCUUUUAUGAUCCACAUUUUUAAAACUAUUUUUUACACAUAUCUUAGCACUAAUUUAUAGAAGAAGUAAUUGAAAUAUGUAAACAGAUUCACCAAAAAAUAUAUGUAGGCUUAUUCAUGUGUCUUGAUUUUGCUGUUACAUAUUUGUGGUGCUAUUAAAAUGCUUAUAAUGCCAAUAUUUAUUUAAAUGUAUAUUCCAAGUAUUUGAGCAUUACCAAUUUAAGCAUCUCCAGACAAUAAACUUGUAGGUGUGAACUUUUAUAUAAUUUAAUAACUUAAUUCAUCACCAGUCUAGUCUUACUUUACCAAUUAAAAAAGAUAAAACUAUUUUCUGCACACUAUCUUAGUUUUUUUUUAUUUAUAGAAAUUAAAGUAUUAGAAUCUAACCUAAACCAUGCAUAAAAAUUUAGAUGAUUUAUGGGUUUUGUUUUGGUCAAGAAGGAAAGAAUGGUUGGGGAGUUGAGGUUUGCAAGAUUUAAGAAAGAACAGUUCUUAAUAGUUGAUUAAUUAGUGUAUUUGUUUUUUGCAGUAUUUUGUAUGAUUAUAAUAUUUACUAUUUAAUACUUAUUUUAGAUGCAGUAAAAAAAAAUUCAAAACUAUGUUAAAAAUGAUUUUUCUUUUUAAUAUAAAUACUUGAGUUUAUCCUAAACAAUAGAUAUAUAUAAAAAAAAAUAAGAAACAAUUGUACUUAAGGUCAGUAAAUAGCUACAAUGCUUUAUCAUUUCUCACUGAUGUUUGGACUACAGUCAUUUUGAAAAUAAAUAUGUUAAAUUUA